GGAACCCAAAGGCGCAAUGGUCAUAGUUAACACAACAGCCCUGCUCGGGUUCGAACCCGCACCCGCCGGGUCACCCGCCUCCGGUGUGUGAGCAUCCGCGCGCGACAGUCAUGUUGCCCGGGGUGGGUGUGUUCGGCACCAGUCUGACGACCCGGGUCAUCAUCCCUCUGCUGAAGAACGAGGGCUUCUCGGUGAAGGCGCUGUGGGGUCGCACGCAGGAGGAGGCGGAGGAGCUCGCGCGAGAUAUGAACGUGCCCUUCUACACUAACCGGAUCGAUGACGUGCUGCUGCAUUCGGAUGUGGAUCUGGUGUGCAUCAACCUGCCGCCGCCGCUCACCAAGCAGAUCGCCGUUAAGACACUGGGAAUUGGAAAAAACGUGAUAUGCGAUCGGACGGCGACGCCGCUGGAUGCCUUCCGCAUGAUGUCGGCGGCCCAGUACUACCCGAAGCUGCUCAGCAUCAUGGGUAACGUGCUGCGCUUCCUCCCCGCCUUCGUCCGCAUGAAGGAGCUGCUGGAGGAGGGUUACGUGGGCGAGCUCCUGGUCUGCGAGGCGCAGGUUCACGGCGGGAGCCUCCUCGGGAAGAAGUACAACUGGAGCUGCGACGACCUGAUGGGCGGUGGCGGGCUGCAUUCGGUCGGGAGCUACAUCAUCGACUUGCUCACGUUUCUGACCGGCCGGCGUGCGGCGAAGGUGCACGGCUUCCUCAAGACGUUCGUCAAGCAGACGGACCACAUCUGCGGGAUCCGGCAGAUCACCAGCGACGACUUCUGCACCUUUCAGAUGGUGCUGGAAGGAGGCGCUUGCUGCACGGUUACGCUCAAUUUCAAUGUCCCGGGCGAGUUUCGGCAGGAGGUUGUGGUUGUAGGAACGUCUGGCAGGUUGACGGUUUGCGGGACGGAUUUGUACGGACAGAAAAACGACGGCGGAAGCGGUCAGGAGCUCCUCCUCAAGGACAACACGCCUGUCGGAAACGCGUCCCUACCGGACAAGGCGUUCCGGGACAUCCCGUCUCCGUAUCUCACCGGCACCAUCUGCAUGGUUCAAGCCGUACGGCAGGCGUUUCAGGAUCAGGACGACCGGCGAACGUGGGAUGGCCGGCCGCUGACAAUGGCCGCUACUUUUGAGGACUGUCUGUACGCGCUUUGCGUCGUGGACACGAUCAAGAAGUCCAAUCAGUGUGGCGAGUGGCAGAACAUCGUGGUGAUGACGGAGGAACCGGAAGUCAGUCCUGCGUACCUGAUCAGCGAGGCCAUGCGGCGCAGCCGGAUGUCGCUGUAUUGCUAAACGCGGCACGUGAGCGAAUGGAUGCAUAUUGAGUUCAGUGCAUUCGGAGCAUUUGGAAAAUUGGAGAAGUACAUGCAACUGAAGGAAACAUGCGUUUGCGCCUCAUGCAUGGAGUUCAGCUUGUGUUUUAAUGCAUUAAAACAUCGGCUGCUUGGAUUGUUUUGUGUCAAGUAUGCAAUAAUAAUGCUUUCAGACGAAAAACAGCCAUGCUUUGCUGAAAUGCCUUUGUACUUGUGACAUGUUUGUAGUUAGUGCAAAAAACAGACAUGCAAUCCUGCUUUCAGUUUGACUUCGGUUUGCAGGAUUUUUUGAGCGUCAUCUAUCUGUGAAACCCAGGAAAGGUCGUCUACCGAUGCAGCAUCCGUCAGCACGGGUUUAAUGCAAACACGGACUCCUGCGUCAAACCAUGCCUGCAAUGCAUGAAAUCUCCACUCGCACUGUAAACUACAGGAUUUUGCUGUGUGUUAUGACGUCGAUCUGGACAAGCACAAAGAGUAUCAGGUGUUUCUGCUUUGUUUGUACCGAUAUAUUUAAAAUCCCGAUGUUUGUGCACGUUUUAACUGGUAUCUUAAUUGUUAUAGCUGUAAGUGUGGCUUUACGGUCCUUCGUUUUCCACCUGUAAGAUUUUGAAUUGUAAAUCUGCCAAAUAUGAAAUGGCAAACGUCACGUCAUGUUAACUGUCAGUGGUUCUCAACUGGUUUUGCUUCAGGAUCUGGAUUUUACAUUUGACAUUAUGUGGUGACCCAAAAGUAAACAAAGAUCUCCUUCAAAUCAAACGCUGAAAUGCUAUUAUACGCUACAGGUCAAAAGUUUGGAAUAUGCUUUUAGUUUUCAUGCUUAUAAGAAGAAGUAUUAUUAAUAAUUGAACACCAAUAAUAAUAAUAUCAGAAUUAGUUCUGAAAGAUCAUGU